UGGAAUAUAAUCUCAACCUUUAAAUGCUCAACAAAAACCUUAAAACUAUAAGGUGGUGGUGUCAUUGUGUGAAAGGGAGAGAAAAAUGCAGAAGAACAACGACGUUAGAGGAACAGAGAAUUUUGUUGUUAUUCAAAUAAGAGGAGCAACUGAAGAAGCGUCGUUUGAAGAAACACCUCAACCUCCUCCUCCUCCUCCUCCUCCCAAGUUCAACAACCUCUCUGCGAUGAAGCUCUUUCAACGCUUCCGCAAGAUCUUCAUGCGCCUUGUUUUCUCGCUACCUUCUCGUCGCUCCAACGAUUCGAAGCACAAAGUCUCCGACCGGUUCGAACCGCCCAAGACUUCAUGCAGUUCCUACUAUUCCUCUUACUCGCAUUACAACGAGGCCAUUGCGGAUUGCAUCGAGUUUUUCAACAAGUCGGCACAAGAUGGCAUUUUCGACGGUCGAAAAUCUGAUGUUGUCUGAGACUCUCAUCACACAACCUUUGAUUAAUGUUCUGUACCUCAGCUAUGUCGCCAUCACACGUACGAUUUUUUUUUUCUUAUGCAUAGUGAUUGAUGAUGUAUAUGUAUAUGAGAGAGCAUUAUUGCAUUUUGCAUAAUGGAGUUACUUCGAUUCCUUGGCUUCUAUUUUACUUGUUGAUAUUUCAAUUGUGUUGGGUGGUA